AUGGCACACAUAAUUACCGUACUGCAAGUUACUGUUAGCAGAUUCUGGCAUUGUUGGUUUUCUCCUUUUAAACAAUACUUGUACUUUUCCUUUUUUUUUUGCUUUCGUUUCGUUUGCUUUUUUUUUUGCUGUUCCACAACGGGACACAACCGAAACAUUGUGUAUUCCAGACCUAUGAAAUGGCUCCUUAGGCUCGUUGGGCGGCGUGGAAAAAAAAAGACACCAAUCCCACCAAAACCUUAUGUCGAUACCGCAUCCUCCUCUAAGCAUAUGUCAGACAUUAGAAUGUAUGACCCCAACGAUUUAAAACAUGUGGACCCGGAAAAGCCCCACUGGCAGGACCCGCGCUUUGAGUCACGGGAAAGUGUUCCUUUUUUUGAUGUGUGGGGCUUUAAUAGAGACUGGAGUUGGUCACUCUUCAAACUGUCCUUGCUAAUAUUUGUGCUUAUAUUUUAUUGGGAAAUGCGGUCGAUGAUGUGUUUGAAAGAUGCUCCUCCACGAAUUACGAGUACAACAACGGUUUCUCCAGUACCGGAUUACGCCAGAGAUGAGAAGGCUACCGAGGAGGAGUUGCGAGCCGCUGGGUUUGCAUAUGUCGGAGUAAAGAAGUUAGACCACCUCGGUCUCGUGGCGGAGGCCGAUGCCCAGGAAAGGAAAAAAUAG